GGAUCCAAGCAUGGAAUGCUGCCGUCGGGCAACUCCUGGCACACCGAUCCUCUUUCUGGCUUUCCUGCUCCUGAGCUCCAGGACAGCACGCUCUGAGGAGGACCGGGAUGGUUUGUGGGACGCUUGGGGCCCGUGGAGUGAGUGCUCACGCACCUGCGGUGGAGGCGCCUCCUAUUCUCUGAGACGCUGCCUCAGCAACAAGAGCUGUGAGGGAAGAAAUAUCCGAUAUAGAACAUGCAGUAAUGUGGACUGCCCACCAGAAGCAGGCGAUUUCCGAGCUCAGCAGUGCUCCGCUCACAAUGAUGUCAAGCACCAUGGCCAGUUUUAUGAAUGGCUUCCUGUGUCUAAUGACCCCGACAACCCCUGUUCACUCAAAUGCCAGGCCAAAGGAACAACCCUAGUUGUUGAACUAGCACCUAAAGUCUUAGAUGGGACUCGUUGCUACACAGAAUCUUUGGAUAUGUGCAUCAGUGGUUUAUGCCAAAUUGUUGGCUGCGAUCACCAGCUGGGAAGCACCAUGAAGGAAGAUAACUGCGGAGUCUGCAACGGGGAUGGGUCCACCUGCCGGCUGGUCCGAGGGCAGUAUAAAUCCCAGCUCUCUGCAACCAAAUUGGACGAUACUGUGGUUGCAAUUCCCUAUGGAAGUAGACAUAUUCGCCUUGUCUUAAAAGGACCUGAUCACUUGUAUCUGGAAACCAAAACCCUGCAGGGGGCUAAAGGUGAAAACAGUCUAAGCUCAACAGGCACCUUUCUUGUGGACAAUUCUAGUGUGGACUUCCAGAAAUUUCCAGACAAAGAGAUUCUAAGAAUGACUGGACCACUCACAGCAGAUUUCAUUGUCAAGAUCCACAACUCGGGGCCCGCCGACAGCACAGUCCAGUUCAUCUUCUAUCAGCCUAUCAUCCAUCGAUGGAGGGAGACAGAUUUCUUCCCUUGCUCAGCAACCUGUGGAGGAGGUUACCAACUGACAUCGGCGGAGUGUUACGAUCUUCGGAGCAGCCGUGUGGUUGCUGAUCAAUAUUGUCACUAUUACCCGGAGAACGUUAAACCCAAACCCAAACUUCAAGAGUGCAACUUGGAUCCUUGUCCAGCCAGUGACGGAUACAAGCAGAUCAUGCCUUAUGACCUCUACCAUCCCCUUCCUCGGUGGGAGGCCACCCCGUGGACCGCGUGCUCCUCCUCGUGUGGGGGGGGCAUCCAGAGCCGGGCAGUUUCCUGUGUGGAGGAGGACAUCCAGGGGCAUGUCACCUCAGUGGAAGAGUGGAAAUGCAUGUACACCCCUAAGAUGCCCAUCGUGCAGCCCUGCAACAUUUUUGACUGUCCUAAGUGGCUGGCACAGGAGUGGUCUCCGUGCACGGUGACGUGCGGCCAGGGCCUCAGGUAUCGGGUGGUCCUCUGCAUCGACCAUCGUGGAAUGCACACGGGAGGUUGUAGCCCCAAAACCAAGCCCCACAUAAAAGAGGAAUGCAUCAUACCCACCCCCUGCUAUAAACCCAAAGAGAAACUGCCAGUAGAGGCCAAGCUGCCAUGGUACAAGCAAGCUCAAGAACUAGAAGAAGGAGCUGCUGUGUCAGAAGAGCCCUCGUUCGUCCCGGAAGCCUGGUCUGCCUGCACGGUCACCUGUGGUGUGGGGACCCAGGUGCGAAUAGUGAGGUGCCAGGUGCUCCUGUCUUUCUCUCAGUCCGUGGCUGAUCUGCCUGUGGACGAAUGUGAGGGGCCCAAGCCAGCAUCCCAGCGUGCCUGUUAUGCAGGACCGUGCAACGGGGAAGCUCCUGAGUUUCACCCAGAAGAGACAGAUGGCCUCUUUGGUGGCCUGCAGGAUUUGGACGAGCUGUAUGACUGGGAGUAUGAGGGCUUCACCAAGUGCUCCGAGUCAUGUGGAGGAGGUGUUCAGGAGGCUGUGGUGAGCUGCCUGAACAAACAGACCCGGGAGCCCGCUGAUGAGAACCUGUGUGUGACCAGCCGCAGGCCCCCACGGCUCCUCAAGUCUUGCAGUUUGGAUCCCUGCCCAGCCAGGUGGGAAAUUGGCAAGUGGAGUCCAUGCAGUCUCACCUGUGGGGUUGGCCUGCAGACCAGAGAUGUCUUCUGCUCCCACUUACUUUCCAGAGAGAUGAAUGAGACUGUAAUCCUAUCCGAUGAGCUGUGUCAUCAGCCCAAGCCCAGCACAGUGCAAGCUUGUAACCGCUUCAACUGCCCCCCAGUCUGGUACCCUGCACAAUGGCAGCCAUGUUCUAGAACAUGUGCAGGAGGCAUCCAAAAGCGUGAGGUUCUUUGCAAACAGCGCAUGGCUGAUGGCAGCUUCCUGGAGCUCCCGGAGAUCUUCUGUUCAGCCUCGAAACCAGCCUCCCAGCAAGCCUGCAAGAAAGAUGACUGUCCCAGCGAGUGGCUCCUCUCCGACUGGACAGAGUGUUCCACGAGCUGCGGGGAAGGCACCCAGACUCGAAGUGCCAUUUGCCGAAAGGUGCUAAAAACCGGAGUCUCAGCUAUUGUCAAUUCCUCCCUGUGCCCUCCCCUGCCGUUCUCUUCAUCCAUCAGGCCCUGCAUGCUGGCAACCUGUGCCCGGCCAGGACGGCCCUCCACCAAGCACAGCCCUCACAUUGCGGCCGCCAGGAAGAUCUACAUCCAGACCCGCCGGCAGAGAAAGCUGCACUUCGUCGUGGGGGGGUUCGCCUACCUGCUCCCCAAGACCUCCGUGGUGCUGCGCUGCCCUACGCGGCGCUUCCGCAAGCCCCUGAUCACCUGGGAGAAGGAUGGCCAGCACCUCAUCAGCUCCGCGCACGUCACCGUGGCCCCUUUCGGCUACCUGAAGAUCCACCGCCUCAAGCCCUCGGACGCGGGCGUCUACACCUGCUCCGCGGGGCCCGCCCGGGAGCAGUUCGUCAUUAAGCUUAUUGGCGGCAACCGGAAGCUGGUGGCCCGGCCCCUGAGCCUCAGGAGCGAGGAGGAGGCCCUCGCGGUGAGAAAGGCCAGCCCCAAGGAGGCCCUGCAGACCCACAAACACCAGAACGGAAUCUUCUCUAACGGCAGCAAGGCUGAGAAGCGGGGCCCCACCACUGACCCGGGCAGCCGCUACGAUGACCUCGUCUCCCGGCUGCUGGAGCAGGGGGGCUGGCCCGGGGAGCUGCUCGCCUCCUGGGAGGUGCAGGACUCCACGGAAAAGAACACGUCUUCCGAGGAGGACCAGAACGCCGAGCAGGCCCUCUGGCACCUGCCCUUCACCAUGGUGACUGAGCAGAAGCGCCUGGACGACAUCCUCAGGAACCUCUCCCAGCAGCCCGAGGAGCUCCGAGAUCUCUACAGCAAGCACCUGGUGGCCCAGCUGGCCCAGGAGAUCUUCCGCAGCCACCUGGAGCACCAGGACGCGCUGCUCAAGCCGUCUGAGCGGAGGCUACCCCCGGUGGCCGUCUCCCCUCAUAAGCAUGUGUCUGGCUUCAGCAGCUCCCUCCGGACCUCAUCUGCUGGGGAGGCUGGGGGCGGCUCUCGCCGGCCCCACCGCAAGCCCACCAUCUUGCGGAAGAUCUCAGCGGCCCAGCAGCUCUCCGCCUCUGAGGUGGUCACCCACCUCGGGCAGACUGUGGCCCUGGCCAGCGGGACACUGAGUGUGCUUCUGCACUGUGAGGCCAUUGGCAACCCAAGGCCUACCAUCAGCUGGGCCAGGAAUGGAGAAGAGAUUCAGUUCAGUGACAGGAUUCUUCUACAGCCAGACGAUUCCUUACAGAUCCUGGCACCAGUGGAAGCUGAUGUGGGUUUCUACACUUGUAAUGCCACAAAUGCCUUGGGAUAUGACUCUGUCUCCAUUGCUGUCACGUUAGCAGGAAAGCCACUAGUGAAGACAUCACGCGUGACUGUGAUCAACACCGAGGAGCCUGCAAUCAUAGUUGAUGUAGGAAGCACCAUCAAAACAGUGCAAGGCGUGAACGUGACAAUUAACUGCCAAGUUGCAGGUGUGCCCGAAGCUGAAGUCACUUGGUUCAGGAAUAAAAGCAAACUGGGCCCCCCUCACCAUCUGCAUGAGGGCUCCUUGCUGCUCACAGAUGUGUCCACCUCAGAUCAGGGCCUCUACUCCUGCAGGACAGCCAACGUGCACGGAGAGCUGACGGAGAGCACACAGCUGCUGAUCCUAGAUCCCCCCCGAGUCCCCACACAGUUGGAAGACAUCAGGGCCUUGCUUUCAGCCACUGGACCGAACCUUCCUUCAGUGCUGACAUCUCCUCUGGGAGCACAGCUGGUCCUGGAUCCUGGGAAUUCCGCUCUCCUUGGCUGUCCCAUCAGAGGUCACCCUACCCCUAAUAUCACCUGGUUCCAUGAUGAGCAGCCAAUUGCCACUGUCCCAGGACUGACACAUCAUAUCUUGGCAGCUGGACAGAUUCUCCAGGUUGCAAAUCUUAGUGGCGGGUCUCAAGGAGAAUUCAGCUGCCUUGCACAGAAUGAGGCAGGAAUGCUUGUGCAAAAGGCUUCUUUGGUGAUUCAAGAUUACUGGUGGUCUGUGGACAGACUGGCAACCUGCUCAGCCUCCUGCGGUAACAGGGGAGUCCAGCAACCCCGCCUGAGGUGUCUCCUGAACAGCACAGAGGUCAACCCCAGCCACUGUGCAGGGAAGGUGCGCCCUGCCGUGCAGCCCAUCGCAUGCAACCGGAGAGACUGCCCUUCUCGGUGGAUGGUGACCUCCUGGUCUGCCUGUACCCGGAGCUGUGGGGGAGGUGUCCAGACCCGCAGGGUGACCUGCCAGAAGCUGAAAGCCUCUGGAAUCUCCACUCCUGUGUCCAAUGACAUGUGCACACAGCUUGCCAAACGGCCAGUAGACACCCAGGCCUGUAACCAACAGCUCUGUGUGGAGUGGGCCUUCUCCAGCUGGGGCCAGUGCAACGGACCUUGCAUCGGGCCUCACCUAGCCGUGCAACACAGACAAGUGUUCUGCCAGACACGUGAUGGCAUCACCUUACCAUCAGAGCAGUGCAGCGCCCUUCCAAGGCCCGUGAGCACCCAGAAUUGCUGGUCAGAAGCCUGCAGUGUGCACUGGAGGGUCAGCCUGUGGACCCUGUGCACCGCCACCUGUGGCAACUAUGGCUUCCAGUCCCGGCGUGUGGAGUGUGUGCAUGCCCGCACCAACAAGGCAGUGCCUGAGCACCUGUGCUCCUGGGGGCCCCGGCCAGCCAACUGGCAGCGCUGCAACAUCACCCCAUGUGAAAACAUGGAGUGCAGAGAUACUACCAGGUACUGCGAGAAGGUCAAACAGCUAAAACUCUGCCAACUCAGCCAGUUCAAAUCUCGCUGCUGUGGGACUUGCGGCAAAGCGUGAAGACAGGGCCCAGGGAAGAGCUCUACCCUGGCCACAGAGAGGACUCACGCCACCACCUUGGACAGAACUUAAGCUCUCUUCGUUUAUUUAUUUAUUUUCCUCUCCCCAUCCACCCCCCCACACCCUCGUCCAACCUUCUCCCCCAUCCCAGACAUGAGGACCUCAGCAUGUCCUCUCUCUCUCUCUCUCUCUCUCUCUCUCUCUCUCUCUAGCUCUCUCAGUUCACUGGAGGACAGCAUGUGGAAAAGGGUCUAAGGGAGGGGUCUAAGGGAGGUUGUAGAGCAGACACCUUCCCAAACCCAGGUCCCAAAAAGACCAAGGAAGAGGCAAGCACAGCUCCUGGGGACAGCAGGGAGACAGAGCCAGUAGCAGAGGAGAGACGGGAGGGUAGGCAACAGAGCAUUUGCAAAGCGUUGGUAAAGGCUUCAGAUGACCAGCUGUGUCUUUCCUGGUAGCACACUGUCAACACAGGAGUGUGCUUCUGCUUUGUGUCCUCCUCUGCCUCAGCCUUGGGAAGAGCAGGCAGGGAGGGGAGGACACCAUUGUAAGGCAGAACCCAGGCCAGAACUCAGCUCUUCUGCCAGGGAGCGACAAGAACUCCAAGCACAGACACGGAGCAGUAAGGAGGAGACAAUCCAAAUAGGCCUAAAGCACACUUGGUGCAGAAAACAAUGUGGAGGGGAGGAGAUAGAAGCCAAAAGAAACCUGUGCGUGGUCCUCACCGGGGAAGUGCAGGUAGAUGGGGAGGAGUGAGCAGGUGCCAGGAGGUUUGAGGUAGGGGUGCUCUGGAUUCUGCUGUCCUCACAAAGGGUGCAGCCCUGGGAGCCCACAAGGCAUGCUAGGAGACAUCCCCUCCCUGGGGUGCAGGGGAGUUCCCACUCCCCACACCGUCUCAGUAAGCUUUCUGCCUGUAUCCCCAAAGCAAAGCCAGUGAACCAUCAAGAGCUACUUGUUCAGUCAGGCCACCCCCUCGCAUCUCUCUCCACAUCAAGAGUCCCCGCCUCCCAACCCCAGCCCAGAAUGAUACUGCUGAUGCAGGCCAGGGGCAUUCUGAGCAAGAAUAGGCUGGGGUUUCUGCCUAUAUAGCCUUUGCUGCUCCCCUUAAGGGCCAGGGGUUGGGUUCAAUUUGCCAGCUCAUAGUAGCUACUUCCAGAGCUGGCCCGGGGUGGGACAGUGGGCUUGUGGGGGCCUUUCCAGAAGUACAGUGAGAGCCACGCUCCUAUUUAUACAGCAGCUUGGGGCAGGGUGAUGGGGUGUGGUGGCAAAGCUAUAGGAUAACUAAAGCUUGCAAGAGGGUCCUCAAAAGCUCUUCAACCUGUUCCCCGCACACACUGAAAUACUAUGAAGCUUACAGCAAUUAAUAGCCACCCAAUUUUGGCAAUCUGGUAGGCAAGGCAGCGCACACUCUUCCAGUAGCUGGUCAGCUACAGUGAAAUGGCUGCAGCAAAGUCUAGAGGCAAACCUGAAAUUCUGGGACUAUUUGGCAAAUCGUUCUUUCAGCAGAGGGGCUUUGGGUGAGUGGUUUUGGCCACCUCCCCCCUGAGUGGACACUGUUCAAUAGCCAGGGCAGUGUGGCCACAGCCAUUCAUCCCUCAGACAGCCUGCCCCCGCUCACAUACAGACUCGCAAAAUGCCACUGAGCCCUGGGUCGCCACCAAUACCAGGGCUGUGCUUUCUAGCCCACCUGGAAGUCAAAGACCAGGGGGAGACAGUAUUAAGCUCUCUCCCCCCCAGGUGAGCUACCGACAAUUAAGGUGGGUCUCUUGCUUCCUCACCGCCAUGGGCUCAAAGAAAUCAUGUUACUAAAAAUCAGUGUAAUGUUUAUUUAAAAUAAAAGAGAAUGUUUUCUAUAUCUGUAUAUCUUUUGUGAAUAUUUAUUAGGAUUUCUUGUAUAAAAAAGUGCAAUAUUAAUAAUUGUACAUUGUCAUCUGGAAAACAAAGUAUUUGGGGGACUUUUUAUUAACUUCCUGCAGUUGUGUUCCUGUAAACUCUGGUAAUUAUUGUCUUAUUCUUAUCUUUAAUAGACCCUGAUGUUUAACUCUGGAUCCAUUCACUGUGUACAGAAUACAUUGUAAAGCUAACAUGGGGUGACAGGGCAAGAAGAGGGGGUUCAUCUGUGACACAGUAGUUAUGCAUGGAAUGAAGAAUACAGAUUCCAUAUGGCUACUCAUGCGGUUGGCUAUUUCGAGUUCAAUAGCUGUUGCGAACCAGUGGCCAAUAUUUACAUUUUCUAAAUAGCAGGUGUCCUCCAGCUCCACCUCGUGUCAGGUUGGAGCAGUUGGAGGAGGCUUCAGAGCGAGCUCGGAGGACCUAGGUUUGGGGUGGGAAGCAGUGUGCUCCUUGCAUGAGAUGAAUGUACAUUUACUGUUUGUUCUGUGAAUUGUGACUCAGCAGCAACACAAGAUGAUUAGAGCUGCUGAAUAAUGUGGAAGGAGGCACUUUCCUCCUCUAAAACACAAAACUGUAUUUAUAUUUUUUGUACAGAUAAUACAGCUUAUUUAUUUAAA